AUGUUUCGAAGAUCAAUUUUGCAAAUUUCGUCUCGUCGUGGACUUAGGAAGAUUCCGAGGUCGAUUUCAAGUCAGCACGUUUCAAGAUUUCUGAGAAGGGAAUUCUCCGCUGCAGCGUCCAAAACUGCGCCGCAGCAACCUGGUGGUGCAGGCAGUUUGCCGCCGCCGCCGCCGGAGAACGGCGGUUCGAGCGCCAAAAUUUUCCUUGGAAGUGCUGUUGUUGGUGCUGGGCUUGUGGGAGCUUACAAAACUGGGUAUCUAGACCCGAUUUUCGGUGCAAAAGAGAAGAGUGAUUUGCAUAAGGAAGCUGGGAUUGGUGUGGAGGAAAAACUUGUGGAAGAAGAAAAGCAUGAUGAAGAAAAAGCUGGCAAUGUUGAGGAGAAGAUUGAAACUCAUUCAGAUGUUGCUCAUGUUGAGGGUUUGAGUGGAAGAGAUGGUGAAGAACAUUCUCAGGUGGAUGAUAAUAAAUCUGAGAAAGCUUUGCCUGAGUUUUCCCAAAAUGCAAAUCUUGGGUUAUCAUCUGAAGGGAAUGUCGAUGUGAAGAGUACAGAGGAAAAAACUAGUGUGGAGAUAAAUGAGGAUGUACAAACAUCGCCAAUAGUUUCGCAGACUAAUGCAGAUCAGCAGCAAGAAAAUGAGGUGAAAACAUUGCCGCAUCAACAGGAUAUCACAGAAGACAAGGUUGCAUUAGGUAAUAAUGAAGAACCAUCAGGUUCUCUCCUCAAGACAUAUAAUCUGAGUGAUGAGGCUGAUGAAAGCACCGCAACCAACUCUAACAAUGAAAACGAUCAAGUUUCUAAAGAAAAAGAGGCUCUCGUUGAUGCAAUUGAAGGGUUGAAUGAUGCUUACAUAUCCAAAGAUGGAAAGCUUGUUCUUGACUUCUUACAAGCCAUUCAUGCUGCUGAAAAAAGGCAAGCUGAGUUAGACACUCGUGUUUUUUCUGAAGAAAAGAGAACGUUAAAGGAGAAGUAUGAAAAGAAACUAAAGGAUGCUGGGGCCAGGGAACUCAUGCUUGCAGAAAAGGCAGCAAUGCUAGACAAGGAAUUAAAGAGAGAAAGAGCAAAAGCAGCUGCUGCACUCAAGUCACUUCAAGAAAAGCUUGAAGAGGAGUUUAAGACAGAACUUGAGCACAAGGAAAAUGAAGAAGAAAUGAAGUUGAAAAAGGUUGAGGAAUUAGCAAAAGCAGAACUGGCAGCAGCCAUUGCAAGUGAGAAGACAACCCAGAUUGAGAAAAUGGCAGAAGCAAAUCUUCAUAUAAAUGCCUUGUGUGUGGCAUUCUAUGCAAGAUCUGAAGAAGCUCGUCAGACUCACUCUGCUCACAAGCUUGCUUUGGGCGCACUUGCACUAGAAGAUGCACUUUCAAAAGGAUUACCAAUCCAGACAGAAAUAGAGGCUUUGCACACUUAUCUUGAAGGCAUUGAUAAAGAUUCAAUUUUAGAUUUGGUCCUAUCAUCUCUUCCUGAGGAAACACGAAGGAAUGGCACAGAUACCUUGCUGCAAUUGAAUCAGAAGUUUGAUGCCUUGAAAGGGACAGUACGGCACCUCAGCUUAAUCCCUCUUGGUGGUGGCGGCAUUUUGGCACAUUCCUUGGCACAUAUAGCAUCCUGGUUGAAGGUAAAGGAAGUUGAUCAAUCUGGGGAUGGAAUUGAAUCCAUCAUCAACAAGGUGGAGUCCUGCCUUGCUGACGGGAAAAUAGCUGAAGCAGCAGAGGCACUUGAAGAAGGUGUGAAAGGCACCCAAGCAACAGAAGUAGUGCGCGAAUGGGUGAAGCGUGCUAGGAAUAGGGCUAUCACAGACCAAGCUCUUACACUUCUCCAAUCAUAUGCUACUUCUAUCAGUGUCACAUAA